AAGACCUGAGGUGUGUAACGAGACAAUUUUACGGACAACAGAAGAUGAAUUCUUUCCUCCUCGCCUUGACGGCGGUGAUAACAUUCACAUGUACCGUAGAAUCCGCACCACAUCCUAAUUUGGUGGAUACGGAUAAUGAUCAUUUCCUUAAACACCAAGAACAAGCUCCAGUAGCUCCCACAGGCUUGAAAUGUUACAUUUGCUCCGAGAAUUGUUCCAUAACUCAGACUCCAGGUAGUGGCUGCAGACCCGGCCGUAGCUGUUACUCCGUACAUGCUUUUGAUACCGCCCUGAACAAGUCUGUGACAAGAAAAGGAUGUAUUCCUGAAUUCUUCUGCACUCAGAACCGAGCAUGCGUGUUUUUGAACCAAUCUCGAUCUGGUGCAUUGAGAUCGUGUUCCAUCAGUUGCUGUAGUACUCCGUUAUGUAAUGGUCCACCUCUUCCGACGACUCAACCCAUAACGACCACAGCACCACCAACCACGACCACUGCACCUCCGACGACACUCCCGACGACAGUUCCGACAACUGUGCCGACCACAGCACCAACUACAGCCCCAAUUCUACCCGGGGUAUGCGGAGGUCCACUUGCUCCUCCAUCUGGAUACUUUUCCUCUCCAUUUUACCCACGCAGUUACCCCAACAAUGCUAAUUGCGUUUGGACGAUUAUGGUUCCACGCGGGUCUGUUUUAAAGAUAGAUUUUCUCGCCUUUGACACCGAAGAAUGCUUUGAUUCCCUUCAUAUAUAUGUGGGUAGAAGGUUGGUUCAUCGUCUUUCCGGGGACGACGCUGACGAUGAUGAUGAUGAUGAUAGAUUUGAGAAAUGUGAGAAGGAUGACAAAGAUGACGGUGAUGACGGAGAAGGUAUAUUUGGCUGGUACUUCAACCGAGAUGAGGAGCUUGAAGAUGAAUCUGUCACUAUUCAGGGAACAGGAGAGAUGAUAAGACUCGUUUUUAUGUCAGAUUACAGCAUUACCAAGAGAGGAUUCUAUGCUAAAUACAGUGUAAUGAAAGCGAUUUGUGGAGGCCCAUUGGCGUUGCCAUCCGGAACCUUCAGAUCCCCUGGCUACCCCGGCAAGUAUCCGGACGACGUUAAAUGCAUCUGGACAAUUAGAGUUCCACCAGGAUCUACACUGGAAUUAGAUUUUCGAUUCUUCAAAACUGAAAAAUGCGAUGAUUACCUCAAAAUUUUGCAAGGGGGCCGCAAAAUACGAAAACUAAGUGGUGUUUACAGAUACAGCUUGUUUGGAUGGGGGAAUAAUGAUGACGACGAUUGUGACGAUGAUGACAAGGAUGGCGAAGAUGGCGAAGAAGGUGAAGAUGAUGAAUAUGUUGGUGAAGAUCGUUCCAAAAGGUUCAUCUUCCCAGUACAGAGGUUUCCCUCUCCAGUAAGGAAUCGUCUUGGUUUUCCAACGAGAGGCCGCAUUGGCGCCCCAUAUGUUACACGAGUCCUUAUUCCAGGAACGGGAGAGCUGAUAUCGAUUGUCUUCAAAUCCGAUGACGACGAUGUCACUGAAAAGGGUUUUGAAGCAACGUAUCGUGUUAGACCAGGGUCAGCUUUUCACGGUUGACCAGAAGACACGAAGGAAACAGAAUUUGAAAGAUGUUUUAUCUGAUCACAAUUCUGGAAUUACAUCUCAUCCUCUAAUAUUUUAGUAAAAUUUUCUUCGUAUUUUUGUUCAAAGUACUAGAUCUGGUGUUGUAACUUGCUGUGGAAAGCCCAUAUCAAGACUGAGAUCUCUUCACGUACAUAUAAUUACUGUGGAUCUUCUUAACAGUGGAUCGAGUUCUAUGUGUUUCUUGCCAAUUAACAAUUGUACAACUAUACAGUUUGUCACUUUUAGAACUUUGACAACGUCACCUGGCGUGAAAAUGAUGCAGUUUGGGGCGAAGCUGUAUAAGAAUAUAUAUAUCUUUAAUGCAGGGGAUUUCAUUCUAGCAAAAUUUUGGAUUUCAACAAUUAAACUUUACAAAAAAAAAGUCAGUUUUGUAUUUUUACUCACAGAUUAUAGUGUAUCAGUAUCCUCAUUCAAUACUUAACAAUAUAGAAAUAUCACCAUCAGCCGUUAUUCACAAUAGUGGUGAUUAAGCACCUCAGACA